CUAGUCCCAUGUGAGCGCGGUUACCGUCAUCAUGCCUUCGCGCACUCGCCAAGGUCCUGCUGAUGAGCCUGAAGAAGAGACUGGCCUUCGCAGCCUGUCCUUCAAUCAGCCGCUCUCCUGGCGCGUGGGGCGCUCCGCCAUCCCCAUUGCCGAUCUCCUCGAACGCCUGCAGACCCUCGGCCAGGAACUUCGCAAACUCGAACAGGAAGAAAUUGACAAGGAAUCUCUGACCAAGGUCUCCCAAGAGCUCGCCAGUGCUCAUUUGCUAGCGCAUAAGGAUAGGGGUGUCCGGGCCUGGGCCACCUGCUGCAUUGUCGAUGUCUUGCGACUUUGCGCGCCGGACGCGCCCUUUACCAGGAAUCAGCUCAAGGAUAUCUUCACUUGCGUGGUCACCUCCAUCAUCCCCGCACUCGCCGAUCCAUCCAACGCCUACAAUGCGCAGCAUAUUUACGUCUUGGGCUCACUCGCCGAGGUCAAGAGUAUCGUUCUCAUGACGGAUCUUGAUCACCCGGAUUCGCUCAUUGUCCCCCUUUUCACCGCCUGCUUCGAUAUUGUCUCGGGAUCAUCCAAGGCCUCCACCGGUGAGGAAGUUGCCAAGGGUGUUGAGUUCGACAUGACUCGACUUUUGGUUACUGUCAUCGAUGAGACACCAGUUUUGGCUGCAGAAGUCGUCGACACCAUCGUGGCGCAGUUCCUGCGGGUUGACCCUCGAGUGCUGGACAACCCCAAGAAAGGCAAGCGGACCGACGCACCCUUGGACGCCAAGCAAGAUACCCUCCUAUUGAAGGAUUAUCCCCCAGCCUACAACAUGGCCAAGGCGAUUUGCCAGGCUUGCCCAGAGCGAAUGACCAGCCAUAUCAGCCAGUAUUUCAACAAUGUCAUCAUCGAUGCCUCUGGUGGCUCCAACCAAGCAAAUGGAGCUAAGGGCAGUCGCAAACCGAACCUCGAUGACUCGGAUGAGGAGGGUGAGGAUAUUAAGGAACUGAGCAAGGCGCAUCGUUUGAUUCGAGAGCUAUGGCGCGCCUGUCCGGAAGUCUUGCAAAAUGUUAUCCCGCAAGUGGAAGCUGAAUUGUCUGCGGAAUCAGUUGCUCUGCGGUUGCUGGCCACCCAGACUAUUGGUGAUCUUGCGGCGGGCAUUGGUGUUGCAGGUCCACCUCCGCCUCCGGCUAUGGAUCCCGCAGCAUACCCGCCUGUCACAUUGGAGGAAUUGUCGCAAAUUGUCACUCAGACCAGUGUUCUUUUGACGCCAGUCUCCCCAAAGCCUUUCUCGCAAGUUCACGCCUCAGCUUACGAGGCCUUCUUGAGCCGAAGACUCGACAAGACCCCUUCAGUGCGCGCUGCAUGGGCCACCGUUGUGGGCCGGAUUCUGUUGACUUCUGCCGGCGGCUCUGGUUUGAGUGACCAUGAGGAACAAUCACUUGUCGAGAGUCUCGCCGACAUGCUUCGUGAUGCCGAUGAGAAGGUCCGUGUUGCUGCAGUUGAUACCGUUGGGCAGUUCGGGCUGUCCCAUGUUGUUCACAAGUUGGGAAUGAAAGGCGGGUGCUCUACCGAAAACUCCGUUCUUGCAAUUCUCGCAGAGCGAGUCAAGGAUCGGAAGCCUCAAGUCCGUGAGCAUGCGAUGAAAAUCCUUGCACGCAUGUGGGCGGUUGCAGCUGGUGAGAUUGAGCAGAACACUGAACCCGCGGUGUCUCUGUUGAAGGAUGCGCCAUCCAAAAUCUUUGAUGCGUUCUACACCAACGAUCAGGAGAUCCAUAUUCUGAUUGACCGAGUCCUUUUCGAAACCCUCCUCCCCCUCAAUUACCCCCCUAUCAAGACGAAACUUUCUCGAUCCGCAUCGAACCAGUCGCAGAAGCAAAAAGAUAGCCAGGCCUCUGAGCCCGAGCAGGAAAACGAUGUCGAUAAGAUUCGUGUUCGUCGAAUUCUUACGCUACUUCGAGGUCUGGAUGAGAAGGCCCGAAGAGUGUUCUUUGUCAUGCUUGCACGUCAACUGUCUAUGAGGUCAGCGAUGACGCUCUACCUGGAAGCCUGUGAGAAGUACAACGGCGGUGUUGUCGAUAAGGAUGAAGAGCAGGUCAAGGCCCAGCUUUCACGGAUCAUUGAAUCGUUGUCCAAGACCUUCCCAGAUACGUCGCGUGCCUCUGCGGACCUGUGGAAGUUUGCCAAGGUCCAUGACCGUCGCAGCUAUCAGCUGAUUCGCUUUGCCAUGGCAGCCGUUAGCGAUUAUCGUACCGUGAUCAAGGCCAUCAGAGAGCUGCAACGACGUGCACAAAGUGCCAACAAUACCCCCCUCCUCGAGACCAUCACACCUCUCUUAUACCGCUCCAGCUCGCUCAUCUUCAACCGGAGUCACAUCCCGGCUAUCAUGAGCCUCUCUCGGACCGACGAGAAUGGCUUGGCAAAUGCCGCGCAGGAGAUGCUCAAGCAAAUUUCCUCGCAGAACCCAGAGGUCUUGGAGGCACAGGUCCAAGAAAUGUGCAAGGAUCUCGAAGCACAUGCUCCAAAGGCAAACUCGCCCGGUGAUGCUAGCACCGAAGAGAUCCUCAAGGCUUGCGCUGGUUUCGCUAAGAAGCUCCCAGCCAAGCUUCCAAAGGAGCGCAAGUUUUUCCAAGCUCUUACCAACUACGCGUUGUACAGCACCUCGCCCGCUUCUGCCAAGCAUGCCGUCUCUAUUCUCAUGGCCACGGCCGAUCGUAAGGAGAUGUACGCCAAGGACCUCGUUCAAAAGUGUGUUAAGAAGUGGUCCUAUGGUUCUGACCACUUCCUUACUCGUCUCGCCGCCUUAUCGCAACUGAACCUUCUCGCACCGAGGGAGGCUGAUGAGGAGAGCGACGCUAUUAUUUCCAUCGCUAUCAACCAAGUCCUCCUGACUAACCGCGCUCCUGAGAAUGAUCCCGAGUACAGCUGGUCUGAGACCGCGGAUGAGGAGACGCAGGCUAAGGAAUGGGCACUCAAGAUCAUUGUGAAUCGUCUUCGGGCUAAGGAUGGAUCAGACGGUGAUGAUGAUUUCCGUGCACAUGCCGAGCCUGUUUACGACACUCUGAACAAGUUGGUCGCAGGCGAGGGUGAAUUGUCCAAGAAAAAGGAUACUCCGGCGACUCAAAAGUCGCGCCUCCGCCUUCUUGCUGCAAAGUCCCUCGUCAAGCUGUGUUCUACUGGAGCACUGUGCGACCAACUCCUUACUCCGGCGAACUUCAACUCGAUCGCGCUGAUGGCACAAGAUCGACUUCUUCCGGUGCGCAGUGCGUUCAUCAAUCACCUCAAGAAGAAGCUCGUGCAGCGGACACACUUAAGCCAUCGCUGGUACAUCAUUCCCUGUCUUCUCGCUUUCGAGCCCAGCAAGACCUUGAAGGAGAGUACGCUUACCUGGCUGCGAUCCCGUGCCGCCUUCUACUCUCAACAGGCCCAAGCAAGUGGAAAGAGGACUGAACAGACGAUGGUGAUGGAGUUGAUCUUCUCCCGUCUCUUGUCCCUACUUGCCUACCACCCCGACUACCCAUCCGAUGAGCUUGACGAGUCCACGAGGCUGGGCGAUUUGAGUGACUUUGCGCAGUAUAUUAUCUACUAUCUUUCUGCCGUGGCCAAUGAGCAUAACAUGUCCCUGAUCUUCCACGUUGCCCAGCGCGUCAAGCAAUUCCGCGACGGUAUCACCAAGUCCGAUGAGAUCUCCACUCGCCUUCACACUCUUUCCGACCUCGCGCAAGCUACGAUCCGACGCUUUGCUGAUAUUUACUCCCAACAACACAAGUUUGGUGGUGGUAGCAGCGGUGCUACGAACCUUCUCCAGACAUAUCCUGGAAAAAUGGGUGUUCCCAGCUCUCUUUUCUCCUCGAUGACCAGCCACCGCGAGGCCCAGGACGUUGCAGACAAGAACUUCCUCCCUGAUGAGAUUGACGAUCGUCUCGACCGCGUGGUGCGGGCUGCCAUGAAGCCCAAGAGCUCUUCUCACAGCGCACAAAGCGGAUAUGUGAAGAAGCGCAAGCCCGAGUCUGCUGAUGCGAACGGUAACUCGUCCGCGUCGAAGAAGCCCCGCAAGGAGAAACCUGGCCGGCCGCCUCGCAAGUCCACAUCCUCUGUUGGUGUCAGCAAGCCCCGGCGCAAGCGCACAGGAGAUGACGAAUGGCCGUCCGAUGUGGGCUCUGACGAUGACAAGCCCAAGUCUAGCUCUGCCCGUCGACGUAGUAGCCGCGGCACCAGCAAGCAGGGUGUCAGCUAUGCCGACAAGGACAGCGAUGAGGACGACCAGGAGAUGGAGAAGUGGGAGGAGGUCCAAGAAGCUGAGGACCAGGAUGAUGAUGACGAUGACGAGGAAGAGGAAGUCCAAGACUCGGACGAGGAGAUGCAGGACGAGGAUGACGAGAACAAUGACCAAGAGGAAGAAAAUGCCGAGGACUCCAGCGAGAAAGAGAAUUCUCCUCCAGUCCCGGCAAAGCGUGGUCCAAAGCCGAAGGCGAAGGCAUCCGGGUCAAGGGGCAAUACUCGUGCAAAGCAACCAACUACAACAACAUUGCCGACUCGUCGAUCCUCCCGUCGAGGAUGAUCUAGAUUCUUUUUCCUUCCAAUUCCGAGUCGCGUGGGGACAUCUGCCUUUUUUUGAUCUUUUCACGGCGGUAUCUUCUUAUUGUUCUACUACUCCUUGCAAAAAGACGCCUCUGUCACCCUUUUCUAUUGUUACAUCUGUCUUGCGUUGCUUUUUCUUACAGUCGAUGACAAUUCGAGAUGUAUACCCAAUCUGCCUUUGAUGCUUUUUUUUUCUUCAUCAGCCUCCUGUUCUUUCAUGAGUUCGUGCUUCUGCCUAUUUACUAUUACAGUCAAUAUCAUCAAUAUUUCUGUAUCUAGCUCGGAUAUCAACGUGUCACUUACAUGUAGUUUGGACUAGUAGAGG